ACAUAUCCCAUACAUCCUGGCGAUCAGCACGAGUACUAUGCCAACACAACAACAGCUCAACAGACACAUGACGAGCGCGAACGUGCUAAGUGGUCUAAUUAUAAUAACAACAAUGAGUACACAGGGAAACCGAUUAACGGUCCGAACUGGUUGAAUCGUGGCCUACACGAGCUGAAGGAAAGCGAAGACGACACACAAUCGAUGCACUCGUCUUACUUACGCGGUCAGAACGCGCCCGUUGAUCCCGUCACUAUGGCCGAACGUAUCGAUAAACGACGCAAGGCAGCCGAGUAUCACAAUGCGAUCAAACAACAGCUGCACGAGCGCGAAAUGUUGCGUAAGUGGGAGAUGGAGCGCCACAAGCAAGAGGAAAUGUUGGAAGAGGAGCGUUUGCAUAGACAGAAACAAGUGGAGCAGGAACGUUUGGAAUACGAACGGCGACAGCAAAUGGAACGUGAAACCGUGCAGAAGAAGAAGCAACAAGCCAUGUUGGAUGCGAUU